AUGAUGCGAUACAAAGAGGAAAAAGAAGCAAAGAAGGAAGCUUUCAGGAAAUAUCUUGAGAGUAGUGGAGUUCUUGAUGCUCUCACCAAAGUCUUGGUUGCCUUGUAUGAGCAAAAUGACAAGCCUUCCUCUGCCCUUGAAUUCAUUCAACAAAAAUUAGUUGGCCCGAGUUUGUCUGAAUAUGAAAAGCUGCAAGCUGAAAUGUCAGAGUUGCAAAUGAAGUAUAACGAUCUGUUGGCAGCGCAUCAGGAAACUUGCAAAGAGUUGGAGGAAAUGAAGAACUCACAUAAUGUUGCCUCUACAACAGACACCACAGAUGGGGAGGCAACUAAGGAUGAGCCUUGA